AUGAGGCCUAAGAAAAAGGUCAGAUCUAGUGGGCCAGUUAGAGUUGGGGCAUAUGUUGCACCUGCUGGGAUCACGCUUUGUGUUCAUUAUGGAAGACGCCAUCCGGGCGAAUGUUGGAGGACGACUGAGGCUUGUUUAAGAUAUAGGUCUACUAAGCACCGUGUUCGAGAGUGUCCGUUAAGGGUCGAUCAGGUGCAAGCUGCAGGUUCUGCGAUUACACAGCCACUAAGGGUAGUUCAACAGUCGUCUAAGGGUCGUGGUCAGGCUAGAGGUGGUAAUGGUACGUUUCUUAUUUUUGAUGUGCCUUACGCUGCAUUGAUAGAUAUAGGAUUCACGCAUUCUUAUGUUGCCUGUUCUGUUUCCAAAAACCUAGGGAUUCCGGUUGAGAGUACUUCAAGUGAGUUGGUCAAGCAUCGUGUCAGUUUAGACUGUGCGACUAAGAGGGUCGUAUUAAGAAUUGAAGAGGGUAAUGAAGUAGUUAUGAUUGGGGAACGUCGAAAUUACUUGGCUAAUGUGAUCUCUACACUGGUAGCUGAGAAACUGGUUUACAAUGGAUGUGAGGCGUAUUUGGCUUACGUAAGUGUUUCCACUUCUGGGGACUCUACUGUUAAGGACAUCAGAACUGUGGCUUAUUUUUUAGACAUCUUCCCUAAGGAUCUACCGGGUUUACCUCCGAAUCGGGAUGUGGAGUUUGGGAUUGAGCUUGUCCCUGGUACAGCUAUGGUGAUUAUCAGUCCCUAUCGAAUGGCACCGAAUGAGCUUACAGAGCUCAAGGCUCAAAUUUAG